UUGCUCUAAAUCCACGGCUGAGAUUUUCUUUUUCCUUUUUUUACUUCGGUUCUCUUCUUGCUGUAAUUUUGAAAUGCUUUCGUUUUUCUUGAGUGUCCUUUUUGAUUUCUUCUUGACCUUUGGAUGUGCAUUUACUCUACGAAGGUUUCUUUGCAGUACGUUUGCAGAAGCAAAGAGAUGUAACUCUGAUAGGUUUUAUGUGCUUCUCGCUUUUGGCUUUGAUUUUCGGUCCUCGACAGAAAUGUCUUGCUUUUAAUCUAUGUAAUUUUAGAUUUUCUAUUUUUUUUUUUACAUUUUGUUCCUUUCUCUUUGAAUGCUAUUUAACUGUUUUCUAGGUUGACCGCAUUUAGCCGCUCUGUUAUUUCUUUUGACUUUUCUUAUUUCUUAGAGAAGCUUGUUUUGAAUUUUUUGAUCUCUUGAAAGGAAAUUCUAGGGAGAAAUUUCUAUCUUCUGUUUUAGAAAUUCUGCAUUUUAUUCUUCCUUUUCUUAUUCUGGUCUUAUGAGGUUCAUGUACUCUGGCAAGAAGCUUCUGCACUUUUAGGGUUUCCUUGUCUCUUGGACGAGUCGCGAUUUGUAACAGAAUGCUACUUAGGUUUCUACUAUUGUCCCCUUUUUUGUUUUUUAUUUUUUGGUGGCCUAGUGAGUGGAAAAUGAAUGUACCAUGUAGCAGAUUAGCAUGUCCAUUCAGUUUUGGGCUUCAGAGAAGAUCUAUUUUCUUGGGUUAUCUGAUAGAUUCUCUGAUUUCCAUCUCAUGAAUGGGCAAAACUCUACCCAGUAAGGUUUGUAUGAAAUUACAUUUAUGGGUUUUAGACAUAUUCACACGAUAUAGGACUCAUCUUAUUCGCAUGAUACAAGGUGAAGUCUGUGCAAUAUUUUGGUUGUGCUUUUGCAUUUAUUUUCAUUUUAUGAUGUCUUUGAGUUUAAUUAGUGUUAUUUUUCCUGAACGUAUUUGGCCAGGACUGAAAUCUUUUGUAAGAAAUAGGUUCAUCAAACUAUUUAUCAAAAAAAAAAAAGGUUCAUCAAACUUAAAAUGGAUCAGUACGAAAUACUAGAACAGAUUGGAAAGGGAGCUUUUGGUUCGGCACUCCUCGUGAGGCAUAAGCAUGAAAAGAAAAAAUAUGUCCUAAAGAAGAUUCGUCUUGCCCGCCAGACAGAUAGAUGCCGGAGAUCAGCACACCAGGAGAUGGAGCUUAUUUCCAAAGUACGAAACCCAUUUAUUGUGGAGUACAAAGAUUCUUGGGUAGAAAAGGGUUGCUAUGUGUGCAUUGUGAUAGGUUAUUGUGAGGGAGGAGACAUGGCAGAAGCCAUUAAAAAAGCAAAUGGUGUUCAUUUCCCUGAAGAGAAACUCUGCAAGUGGCUUGUUCAGCUCUUAAUGGCUCUUGAUUACUUGCACAUGAACCAUAUUCUUCACCGUGAUGUAAAGUGUUCAAAUAUAUUCUUGACCAAAGAUCAGGACAUACGUUUAGGUGACUUUGGCCUUGCUAAAAUGUUGACAUCAGAUGACCUUGCCUCCUCGGUUGUGGGAACCCCUAGCUAUAUGUGCCCUGAGCUUCUUGCUGAUAUACCUUACGGUUCUAAAUCAGAUAUUUGGUCUUUGGGGUGCUGUAUGUAUGAGAUGACUGCUCACAAGCCUGCUUUUAAAGCCUUUGAUAUGCAAGCACUGAUCAAUAAAAUAAACAAGUCCAUAGUGGCACCACUUCCUACCAUGUAUUCUGGGGCAUUUCGGGGGCUCAUCAAAAGCAUGCUGCGGAAGAAUCCAGAGCUGAGGCCAAGUUCUGCAGAGCUGCUCAGGCAUCCACAUCUUCAACCUUAUGUUGUUAAGGUUCAUCUGAAGAUUAAUAGCCCUAGACGGAAUACUUUAACAGUCCAUUGGCAUGAGUCCAAUUUGAUGAAGAAAACUAGAUUUCCGGACUCAGAAGUCAUUCCUUUCAAGGACAAAGAGAAAAGGCGAUCAUUCAGCAAUAAUAGGAUCUUGAAUCUAUGUGUACCUGAAGAGGAUUCUUUAAGUACUACUCGAAGAAAACAGGAGCUGCCGAGUUACCUGGAUCAAAAGCUGUCAGAAUUAUCGGUUGGCAGCACCCAUUAUGAGAUAGGCAGUGAUAAGCGAACAAUUGUGAAGACAAAUAUUGCGAAGACACCAAGAUUGACUCCAUCAAAAGUUUCUGCCAUUCCUAGGACACGGACAGGACCAUCAAAGUUUGGUUCAAAUCGUGAAUCAUUUCCUAUGUCACGCACUCCAGCAAGUAAAUCUGCUCGGUCCACUCGUCGAGCCUCGUUGCCAUUGCCUACAAGAGCUGCAACCCUGGAAACCCCUUAUAGAUCAAGUGUUAGUCUUCUCCAACGCAUGAACUCCCCUGAUGUGUCUGUGAAUGCCCCACGUAUUGACAAGAUAGCUGAAUUUCCAUUAGCCUCGUCAGAAGAUCCCCUCUAUCCCAUCCGUCGAACAUCAUCUGCACAGGGGUCUACCAGUUCUUAUUGUUGUGAUCACUCAAUCACAAAGGACAAAUUUUCAGUCCAAAUUCAUGAUAGAAACUUUUUGAGGCCAAGCUUCAUGGAUGGCUGGAAUGGGAUUGGACGCAGCACCUUUGAGCUUGAUGUGGAGGAUGGAAGUGAAUUCUCAGAUAGGAAUCCAACAGUUGGCAGCAGGGAAUCAUCAGAUUUACGGCAGCGUCGGUUUGACACUUCAUCAUACCAGCAACGGGCCGAGGCAUUGGAAGGCUUACUUGAAUUUAGUGCACAACUUUUGCAACAACAGAGGUUUGAAGAACUUGGUGUAUUAUUGAAGCCGUUUGGGCCUGAGAAAGUCUCUCCAAGGGAGACAGCUAUCUGGUUGACUAAGAGCUUCAAGGAGAAUACAGUAAAGCAAGAAGGUUAAAGAAUUAGAGACCAUUGCAACAUGUAUGGUACUAGAGUUGGUGCUUCAAAUUUUCAGAACCGGCGGGGUAAAAUAAAAUAAGAAAAUGAUGUCAUUAGCUGUUUUGUGGCUUUGGUUGUCAUUGUCUGCAACUGCAAGAAUCGGCAGCAAGUGGAGUGGAAAGUUUGCACGCAGAGGUUGCAAAAUGGUGCCUUGCAUUGACUUGAGAGUUCUUUGGGACGAUUGUAUGUGGAAAGUGUUUGUCUCAAUGGUUGUUUUUAAAAAUGUUGGCGGGAAAAUGGAUAGUUGUGCCGGUCAGAUUGUUGAGAACUAAAAUAUCAUGGACGGAUUUUUCCCAAGGCAGGGUAGAGAUUUUGUUCCAAGUGCCGAAUGCCUGAGCCCAUGCGGUCCAACCGUGGAUCACAGAAUCUUCCACAAUGGUGAUGGAGAGGGCUUAGUUAAUCACAAACUCAGUCUUGAGUAUGUUGUGCAGCAGCCAGCAGGGGCACUUCCUUUCCAUGAUGCUAACAAUAGCAAUAUAGCAUUUGGUGGAACCUCCUGUGAUUUCGCAUUGUCAUGCAAAAUUUGGAGGUCUUACAAAAGCUACAAUGACUUGGUUUAACCCUUAACAUGAGCAUGUGUAAGUUCGGAAACACCCAUGUUUUAUAUUAUGAAGGAUAUGUAGGUACAAUACAACAAGCACAACAUUCAAGUUUUUACCACACCAAAAUGUUCAUGUUUAUCUGACCAUGAAGAAAGCUGUCAUAACCAUACGCUUGUGGAAAAAGACGGGGCAAUUCUUGGCUUGUUAAUCGUUGGUUAACAUUUAUUUUACAUAUACAGCAGAGAUGUAACGUAUUAGAUAUGGAAUUGUAUUUGAUUUUUGACCCUACUUGAUAUAGGUAGUUUUCAUA